UGUCAAACAGUUUUGCUCGCAACAAAAAAAUACGACGAAAUACACCUCUUGAAAAUGGCAGCAUUGAUCAAGGGAAUCAAAUUUGGAGCCCAAAUCACGAACCGAAACCCAGCACUACUCUACACGAGUGUAAGAAACCAUGGCUGGAACAAAGAUUUCAAGCCAAGUAAAUUCCCCGAGACGGAUAAGGAACGAGAGCUGGCGGCCAAGAAGUAUGGAUUAACCACGGCAGAAUAUCAACCGUACCCGGAUGAUGGUCUCGGUUACGGUGACUAUCCAAAACUGCCCGACGUCCCCGUGGAAGCGCGUGAUCCCUACUAUCCGUACGAUUUUCCGGAAUUGAAGAGAAAUCUGCACGAUACACUCCAUGCCGAGACGGACUUCUGGUCGGAGGAUCGAUUCGGUUCUGCGGAACCGUUGCGCUACUCAAUGAAAACGUACUGGCUAUCGUUUUUGGGCGUCAUGACUGGCUGCUUCGCACUGUACUACUGGCUUGAAAACUACAAAAUGUUCCGACCAGUGCUGGCCAAGCAGUAUCCCUACGAAGGAAAGGCUCACUACACGUUCGAGAAGAAGUAAAAACGCUGAUCGGCAGGUUACAGCAAUA